AUGGAGUCCAGAGUCCCCCUAAAACAUACCACGGCUUAUAAGAACGCCGCCACAGGCUCUGGUCCCACGACCAGAAUGCCCUCAUCCACAGUUUUCUCAUACUGGCGGCGCGACCAUCGCCGCUCAACGCCGCCAGCUUCUUUCCCAGCUCUGUCACCAGCCUCUCCCAGCGCAGGAGAAAACCCACUCAGCCCCCCACGGCUCCCCGAGAUCCCCGAUACUCCGACCUUCACGAGCGCAUUCGACAGCAACCCUUCAUACGAUGCCCCGCCCUGGAGUGAUUCGCCGUUGGAGAACGAUGCCGCAAAGCUAAACUUUACCUCCUCCACCGCGCCGCUGUCCUCCUCCGUUAGUCUCGCUGUUACGUCCUCCUCGGUCGAGAGAGACAAUCGCCCUCACUCGAGUCCGGAAGAGCUCGUCCCCGAAUCAACUUUUACGUCGCAAGCAAACAAUUCACAAAUUGAGGUGACAGGAUUGCGGCCGGACCAGGGCGAUGCAGAGGCGAAUUUCAAGCCUACCUCGCCAUUCCGCCUUUCUCUCGGGAAACAGCUGAGGAAUUUUCAGGCGCCGGCCGUUGAGAACCAGAAGCGGUCGUCCACGGCGGGAUUGGGGGCCAGUCAAUUCCGAUUGAAAACCUCACCCGAGGAAGUGCUGGUGGACAAGCCACAUACAUUUCAGAGGGAAGUCAGGCAAGAUGGUGCUUUAUCAAGAAGAACUGCGGACCGCGAAGUCUCGGUUGAGCACGCGCACCACAAAUCCGGCAAGGCAAUGCUUCAUCUUUUGAACCCAAUGUCGCUUCUUGCGCGUCGUCGGUCUUCGCAAAUUGGUAGCUCUCGCGUCGAGGAUGCUAAGCUGAACGCGCCCAACUUGAUACCUGCUAUCCCGGAUGAUUAUGACCCCCGAAUUCGUGGAAAGAUUGUCCAUGAUUUUUCUGCUCCUCGGGCUCGACGAAAUGUGUCAGGCAAUUCAACUACGGCCGAUGGGAAAAACCCCAAUCCACAGGAUCCAUCACUGCAAAACCAUACAAGUCCUUGGAAUGAUAAGUCCAAACGACACAGCGACCACUCUCCUGUAUUCAGAGAGCAUUUUGAGGAAGAUCAGAAUGUGCUCCAUGUCGAAAACAAGGGCUAUCUCCAGUCAUCACUGCUGACGAACCCAGCUCAACCGGGAUACGAGAGGUCAAUCCCGGUUUUUGCGCGAAAGUUCCCCUCUACGGCACCGGAACAAAACCCAAGAACUGGCGACAAUUAUGAGAAUCUCCCAGUAGAACUUCCUGGGGAUGAUGGCCUAGUCGAGCUUCCUGCAGAGGUCCCGCCAGAAUAUAAAACUCACCCACCAAAGGGAAGCCCGCUCACAAGUCAAAAAGAUCAAGAUAUCAUCCCUAAGGUGCAUCCUGCAGGUUUGCCUAAGCACCUCAAAAGCAAUGCUUCUUCAAGGUUCAGCUUUGAUAUGGGGGGUGUUGAAUCUUCCGUACAGGAGAAGCUCCUCGAAGAAAAGCACAAAGCGAAAGAAGCUGCCCGAAAGCUGGAUGAUGGAUACUUUGACGACUUUGAUGAUGAAUACGACCAUGACAUGAUGGAUGACAUGGAUGACCUCGAAGAAGAGAUCCCCGAAAUCAGCGCUGACUACGACGAAGACUACGCGCCUCCUGUUCCUCAGAAUAUAAAUGGUGACCUGAAGUCUUGGGCCGCGCCUGGGCUUUCACCUGUCGUUGCGAGCCCUAUUACACCUGCGCCGCCUUCUGAGAUCCCCACCAACCAGUAUUUUAGUGAAGAUAAAGUGAUGCAUGAAGAGAAUCAAGUAUCUCAAGGCCAACCUAUCAUGGAGAAUUCUCAGCAACUCCAAGAUGACGACAUGCAGACAAUCGUUGAUGAUGACGACUUGUAUUUCGACGAUGGUGAAUUUGGGGAUCUUGACGCUGACGACCAAGAUGGCGGUUUUGACGAGUCCAUCUUCGAUGACGAAACUAGUCAUUUAUACGAACGAAAAACGGUCAAUAAGGAGACCACCCAGGAAUCUGAAAGUGUUAUCCCUGAAGAAGAUAAGCGCUUGGAGAAAGACAUGCUGUUGGAUGAAGAUGCCAUCCAGGGCCUUAAGCACAUGCCUAGCGUGGCAAGUGAAUACCAGAUGGGUCCCAUUAAGCGUGGGCCCCUUGGUGAACCAAUACCUAACAUGGGGCCUGCUCGAGCUCAUGGUGGUGUUCUCACGGAGCAAAACCUGGAGGUAUUACACAAUGCCCUGGAAUUCGCAGCCAACGAAGCAGUGGCCCAAGUUCAAUUCGGGCGCACAUUGAGCACAGGUGAGAGAUCUACGGGUCAAGAUAGUAUACCGCAGACAUCGCAUACUGGCGAUUCACAACCGGGGCUGGUUUCGGACGACAGCCGCCUCAGCCAAGCAGCGGAUACGAUGGGCUUUGAUGAUGUCUUCGAUGACGAUAUCUAUAAUGACGAUGCAUACUACGAUGAUCCAAUCGUGGCUGCAGCCAAUGCCGAAGCGCUAGAAAACGACGAUGAGGGCUUCUACGGCCAAGAAUUUGGCUUCUAUGCCCAGGCGCAUGGCACUUCGGAACUUACGAACGGGGGUUAUUUUGGCCCUCGAGGAGUUGAAGGCAUCAGCCGCAGCUUUAGCAGCCGUGGGAAAUUCCAGGAACCCAGCUUGACUCCGAUCACCGAACGCAGUGAAUGGAGCACCCGCAACUCCCUCAUUUCGUUGAAGGCACAUGGUGCCGCCCAUUCGAAUCCAUCGCUUGCUAGCCCGGGCUUGGCCCAGCUGGUCGACAUGGGUAACUUGGACGACGAGAUGACACUGAGCGCUCUCCUAAAGCUGCGGCGUGGUGCUUGGGGUGGAAGCAAUGGUAGUCUUCGCAGUAGCGCUGGAAGUCCGCCGCCUCAUACCCUCACCUCUUCAAACCGCGGUAGCUUUACUGGACCCUCGGAAGCUGCUAGUCCUUCUGAGGCUAGGCCUUCUACCGAGGAGGGUUUAGCGGGCAUGAUCGAUCACCAUGACGACCAUCUUUCAUAUAUGGCUUCACCGCUCAAAGUCACUGGACGGCAAGAUGCCGAUCUCCCGCAUAGCGGAAUUGACGGCCCGAUCUACGCUGAUAUCGAGGAGGAAUUGCCGAAUUCCGGCACUCAGCGCCUCAACGUCUUGUAA